AUGACAACCAUCGCCUUUUUCGGAGCAACCGGCGGCUGCGCCAACGCCUGCCUGACCUACACCCUUCUCAACGGCUACAACGCCAGAGCCCUAGCCCGUACCCCCUCAAAACUCACGACGCUACUCCUCUCACAGCCUGGCAUAACACAGGAGAUUCUCUCUCGCCAGCUCGAAAUAAUCGAAGGCGACGCAACAGAUGUGGAAAGCAUCACAAAAACCCUCAUCACCAACUCCGACACCAAUAGCGCAACCAGUGGCGCUUGUACUCUUGUAACAAACAUAAUCUCCGGCCUAGGCGGCGCCCCUACAAUGUCCUUCACCAAGGAAUCAAAAUGCGCAAAGACUCAGAUGCGCAUGCCUGCGCUGCCGCAUAUUGAGCUCUCGAACCCACAUAUCACAGAACAGGCGACACGCGCGCUGCUGCAGGCGCUGGCAAAGAUUGCUUCUGAGCGGUUUGCCUCGUUUGAGGCGUAUCGUGCUGUUGCACCAAGAGUCACUGUGAUCUCGACGACGGGGCAUUUGCCUGGUAGUAAGGAUGUGCCGUUCUGGUUCAGACCUAUGUACUCCCUGCUCUUGCCGAUCCCGCAUGCGGAUAAGCUGCAGAUGGAGAGAUUGCUCGAUAAGGAGGUUGAGCUGGGGCAUGCUGGGGUGCUUGCUGCUGGAGUCGUUGUUGUGAGGCCGAGCUUUUUGACGGGUGAUCAUCGGGUUCCUGUUCGUGAGGGAGAGGAAAGUGGCGAAGGGGUGGGACUGGAGAAAGUGAGGGUUGGGACGGAGAGGGCUCCUGCUAUUGGGUAUACGAUUUCACGGGCUCAGGUUGGUGGGUGGAUUUUUGAGGAGAUUGUUAAAGGUGCUGGAGGGAAAUGGGUUGGGGAGAAGGUUACUAUCACUACUUGA